AAAUAAGUGGAUGAAGUAUGGCUGUGCUAGUUCUCAUUGAAUUGAUUUUUUUUGUCUCUGAUUCCAGAGUCUUCCUGCGAGCCAUCAAUCAGUACGCCGCUGUACUCAGCAAGAAGUUCCUCGAUCAAACCAACUUUGAGCUUCAGCUGUGGAAUAACUACUUCCACCUCGCUGUGGCAUACCUUACCCAGGAGUCUUUGCAGCUGGAGAACUUUUCGAGUGAUAAACGGGCCAAGAUCUUCCACAAGUAUCAAGACAUGAGGCGACAGAUUGGCUUCGAGAUCCGAGACAUGUGGUACAACCUGGGUCCACACAAAAUCAAGUUUAUCCCGGAGAUGGUGGGUCCGAUUCUGGAGAUGACGCUGGUUCCUGAGAUCGAGCUGCGUAAAGCCACCAUUCCCAUCUUCUUUGACAUGAUGCAGUGCGAGUUUCACUUCAGACGCUGCUUCCAGACGUUUGAGAACGAGAUCAUCACCAAGCUGGAUCACGAGGUGGAAGGCGGCCGAGGAGAUGAACAGUACAAAAUCCUCUUCCAGAAGAUUCUGUUGGAGCACUGCAGGAAGCACAAGUAUCUGGCUAAGUCAGGCGAAACCUUCGUUACUCUGGUGGUCCGCCUGUUGGAGAGACUUCUGGACUACAGGACCAUCAUGCACGACGAGAACAAGGAGAACCGCAUGAGCUGCACAGUUAACGUGCUGAAUUUCUAUAAGGAGAUAGAGAGGGAAGAGAUGUACAUCAGGUACCUGUAUAAGCUGUGUGACCUGCAUAAGGAGUGUGAUAACUACACCGAGGCUGGAUACACCUUACUGCUGCACGCUAAACUCCUCAAGUGGUCUGAAGAGGCCUGUGCCGCCCACCUGACGCAGAGAGACGGUUACCAGGCGAGCACUCAGUGUCAACUCAAAGACCAGCUGUACCAGGAGAUCAUCAAUUACUUCGACAAGGGCAAGAUGUGGGAGGAGGCCAUUAUUCUGGGGAAGGAGUUAGCCGAACAGUACGAGAACGAGAUGUUUGACUUUGAGCAGCUGAGCGCGUUACUGAGGAAGCAGGCUCAGUUUUAUGAGAACAUCGUGAAAGUGAUCAGACCAAAGCCGGACUACUUCGCUGUGGGGUAUUAUGGACUGGGCUUCCCCUCGUUCAUGCGGAAUAAGAUGUUCAUCUUUCGGGGGAAAGAGUAUGAGCGGCGGGAGGACUUUGAGGCCAGACUCCUGACUCAGCUUCCCAACGCUGAGAAGAUGAAGACCACGACGCCUCCCAGCGAGGACAUCAGGAGCUCCUCUGGACAGUACAUUCAGUGUUUCACAGUGAAGCCCAUCCUAGAACUGCCACCAAAGUUCCAGAACAAACCUGUGUCAGAGCAGAUCGUCAGCUUUUACACCGUGAAUGAAGUCCAAAAAUUCCAGUAUUCACGGCCGGUCCGGAAAGGAGAGAAAGAUCCAGACAAUGAGUUCGCUAACAUGUGGAUUGAAAGGACAACUUACGUAACCGCCUAUAAACUACCCGGCAUCCUGCGCUGGUUUGAAGUCGUCUCUGCCUCAGCGGAGGAAAUCAGUCCACUGGAAAAUGCUAUGGAGACAAUGCAGCUAACCAAUGAGAAAAUCAGCAACAUGGUCCAGAGCCACUUAAACGACUCCAGCCUUCCCAUCAACCCCCUCUCUAUGCUCCUCAACGGCAUCGUGGACCCAGCUGUCAUGGGCGGCUUCACUAAUUAUGAAAAGGCAUUUUUCACUGAGAAAUACACCCAGGAACAUCCAAAUGACCAGGAGAAGAUUGAAAAACUAAAGGAUCUGAUUGCUUGGCAGAUCCCGAACCUGGCAGAAGGAGUUCGCAUCCACGGCGAGAAGGUGACGGAGGCUCUACGUCCGUUUCACGAGCGUCUGGAGGCGUGUUUCAAACAGCUGAAAGAGAAGGUGGAGAAGCAGUACGGCGUCAGAACACUACCUUCUGCGUCGGACGAGCGGCGGGGCAGUCGACCGCGGUCAAUGAUUCGCUCCUUCACCAUGCCUUCGUCUCAGAGACCGCUGUCUGUCGUGUCUGUGACCUCCAUAUCAUCAGACAACUCUCCCUCCAGACCGGGAUCAGACGGAUUUGCCUUGGAGCCUCUCUUACCAAAGAAGCUGCACUGUAAGUCUCAGGAUAAACUGGAUCGAGACGAACCUGAGAAAGACAGGAAGGAGAAAAAGAAAGAGAAGAGGAACAGCAAACACCAGGAGCUGUUUGAUAAGGAGCUGAAGACGGCUGAGAUCCCGCUGCAGCCCAGCGAGGCGGUCAUUCUGUCCGAGACCAUCAGUCCGUUGAGGCCCCAGAGGCCCAAGAGUCAGGUGAUCAGCUUGCUGGGUGAGAAAAGGCUCUCGGUGUCUCCAGCAGCUCCUGCCAACCCGUCUGUGCCCGGCGUCCCACCUCCCAUCAUGCCCCGGGCCAAACUGCACUUCAGCUUACUGUCUGGAUCCAAUCUAGAGCUGAAUGGGAUGGGUUAUGGAGAUAAGGGUGAGACUCCGCCCCCACUUCCUGUCAAGAGCAGCAUGGGCGACUAUGGAAACUUGAUGGACAACUCAGACCUGGCCAGUCCGACCACGCCCCCUCCUCCACUGCCACACCAGCGGCACCUUCCGCCUCCGCUACCCAUGAAGACCCCUCCUCCUCCUCCUCCGAAGACCACUCGCAAGCAGACCUCCAUCGACUCGGGAAUCGUCCAGUAAGCCAGCAGACACCAUCGUCAGAACGGAGACAUCCGCAUCGGCCCUCUUCCAACGAUUUCCCGUCAACAUCCCUGACAGAAUGACCUGAUGAAUCCCUCACCUCACUCCUCCGCUCAACGGCUGAUGAUCGUCCACAUCCGGAUCAGACCUCGGAGCAUGCACCCCAGUGACAACACCAGCUCUAUUCCACAUCACUCCAGGCGUCAGACCACAGCAAAUAUAGACGCAGUGUAGCUGGAGUCAGGGAAUUCUGGGUAUUUUUGGCAGAUGGUGCAUGUCUAACUAAAACUCCACUUGAGAUGAAUCGAGGGUUUUCUCUCUUUAGGUUUUUUCUCGCUUUGUAUGCACAUUCUCAUUGAGACGCGUGACCAAUUCAAACCACAAUCAAAGUUUCCUCUUUCUCUCAUUUUUACAUGAUAUUUUUAUCCUCUAUAUACACAUUUAUGUACAGAGGUAUUUGUAUAUAUGAUUUUAUUUUAUUGUUUUAUUUUUUAUAUUUUUUAUCCUUUUUUGUAUUUGAAGUUUAUAAAAAUUGGCAUUUUUUUUAUCCAAAAAGGGCUUGGUUUUCCAAUAAGAGGGAGUGUAAAGGUAUUCUUACAUAUAUAUUUUUAAUUGUAUUUUUUAUUUGUGUAGUUGUUUAAAGUCAUUGUACCAAUCCAACAUAUAAACCACAUACAAGCAUACUGAUAACAUUGACUGCUCUAAACCCACUACUGACUUCUGAAUAAACUCAGUGUAUUUGUAACGUG